AUGAGCUGGUUCACGGAGCAUCCUCAAUUCAGACACAUUUUCCACAUGAAGAUAGAGACUAACCACAGGGUUCAGGGAAUGUGGAUGUUGUUGUUGCGUACUGCUGGUAGCGAGAAGCUGAGAGAAGUGUGGUUCAUUGUGAAUGGGGUUCCAAUCCGUUACGGGCUGAGGGAACAUGGUUUGAUAUCUGGGCUAUUCUGCCAGAACUAUCCUUUCGGCUACAAAGAGCUUGGUGGGACGAGGUUCGUUGAUCGUCAUUUCAAGGAAGGCGAACCGAGAAGGUUAGAGGAUGUUAAGAAGAAGCUGGUGAAAAUGGGACCCCACAAAGACAGACUGAAGAUGGCGGUUCUAUUCUUCUUAACUUCGGUUGUUUGUGCACAAACGAAGGUUGGACACAAGGCUAAUGAUGUAUUGGAGGUAUUCCAGAGAGCAGUGGAUGAUCUUGAGUACUGCAAGUCCUUUCCGUGGGGGAGAUUUUCCUAUGAUUACAUGCUGAAGGAGAUCUCUCACACAAUGAAGCAUUUUGGAGGGGUGGUGAAAGAGAAAACAUUAUGGCCGAUACCAGGUUUCUGUGUUCUAUUAGAGCUUCUUGCAUUCGAGGCAAUUCCGAAGCUAGGAAUAGCGUUCAGAGAGCCUGUGGUUGGAGCUGGUCGCGACUGUCCGAGGAUGUGCAAGUCCUACUUUAAACGAAAUGGAAUGACAGGGGUGUCACUUUCUGUUAUUGACAGCAUCAUCCCCACCAAAACUCCACGAGAAGAUAGCCUUUUUGAUGAGAUUAUGGAAGAUGAAGACGAUGUUGAUCAAUCUGAUAUAGCUGUGGACAGUUGGGAGAAGUGUCUGGAUGCAGGGCAUAAGGUUUUUUUUAAAGACAUGUUCGACGAAGAUGUAGCUGGGCGUGAAAAACAGCCAGAACCGAUUGAAGAUGCAACAGGGGAUGGAGUACAGAAAGUUGACCAGCUGGAUGGGAGAUUGGCCCCGCUUGAGGAGUUUGUCAAGGAAGCACAAGGUAAAGUAGUAGAGGUUGAAGAAGCAGAAUCACAAGGGAAAGGCAAAAGAAAGAAAACCCAGAAGUCUGUGGAGAAUUGCAAAAAACAGAAAACUAAGUGA